AUGCCCGACCUGGCCCUGGGUCCGACUGCAUGCCCACCCGACGUGCCCGCUGCGCGCGCUGCCCGCCGCGCCCAGUACACCUUCCGCCACAUGAUGGGCGGCUACGCGCUCGCGAGCAGGCUCGUGGUCGGCGUGAUCGAGGCCACCGGCAUCAUCACGGCCGUGCUCGGCAUCCUGGGAUGCUGGUGCGCCGCUUACCUGCGCUGCGCGGGCCUGCUGCUCGUCUACGUCGUGGACGUGCCGCUGAUGGCGAACUGCGAGGGCUGGGUGAACAGCAUCGACGAGAUGCAGAAGGAGCAUGGUUGGAACGCCUUGAUGUACGAUCUCGCCAUCGGCGGCUACUGCAACUCCGAGAGGACCCUGUUCUUCAUGCUCACGGCCAUCACCUUCGCGCUCUGCUUGUACGUGGCCGCGUGCAGCAGAAGAUACGCCGAGGUGAUGGACCAGGCCCCGCGGCACCUGCUGCGCGUGCCAAAGGACCUGCCGAGCGGGGCCUACUACGCCUCCAGCCACGGCGAGCGGGUCCGCCUGAAUGGCGACGCCGCCGCCCCGCCGCGGCUCCUUGGCGCCCAACACGCCCUUCCAGGGGGCUCCCCAGAGGUUCGGGGCAACUGCGACUGCCGUCUGAGUCUGGUCAAGCGCGGCCGCGGUGUGAAUUCGGCGCACAGUUCUGCGCAUUGUCUGUCCCUACUCACCCCUGCCAUCUGUCUCUGUCUGGCAGCUUGCAAUACAGCAUUGGCGUACUGUUGUUUUCGCUAG